GGGACAUAUUUUUGAGCACAGGAAAGUGAACGUUACCCUGUUACACUGUACUGGGGAGCUAUGGCUGCAGAGAACCCCGUGGAAAGCCUCAAAGAUGAAGCUACUUGUUCCAUCUGUCUGGACUAUUUUGAAGAUCCAGUGUCUAUACGCUGUGGGCACAAUUUCUGCCGAGCCUGCAUCACCCAGUACUGGAGGAAGUCAGAUACAAACUUCUCCUGCCCUCAGUGCAGGAAAAUUGUUCAGCACAGAAACUUCAAGCCAAACAGAGUGCUGGCAAAUGUUGUGGAAAUAGCCAAACAGCUGAGUUUACAGGCAGCAAAAGAUUCAGGAGGGGAGAGAGAGUGUGAGAAACAUCAGGAGGCUCUGAAACUCUUCUGUGAAGAGGAUCAAAAUCUAAUUUGUUCGAUCUGCAGAGACUCCUGGGAUCACAGAGCUCACACUGUGGUUCCCAUAGAAGAAGCUGCCCAAAAUUACAAGGUUCACAUUCAGAGACAACUGGAGUUUUUGAAGCAAGAGCGAGAUGAGGUUCUGGGUUUUAAACGGAGUGGGGAAAUGAAAACCCAGAAGCUGCUAAAACAGGCAGAAACCCAGAGGCAGAGGAUUGUGUCCGAAUUUCAGCAAGUGCGCCAGUUACUGGAGGAAAAACAGCGACUCCUGCUUGCCCAGCUGGAUGAGAUAAACAAGGACAUUUUAAAGAGGCAGAACAACUAUAUUGCCAAAAUCACAGAAGAAAUAUCCCGUCUUGACCACCUGAUCAGUGAGCUGGAGGGGAAGUGCCAGCAGCCAGCGAGUGAAUUCCUGCAGGACGUCAGAAGCACCUUGAGCAUGUACGAGGCUCCUUCUCACUCCCCCUCAUUCUCCACGGUUCUGGAAGGAGCUUGGACACUAGGGGCCAGAUUUACAAAGGACAUCUCAAGUGCCUGGAGCGAGUACAUGGCUCCUUCUCACUCUGCCUCCUUCUUGUCGACUCUGGAAGGGGUUUGGACAGCAGGGGCCAAAUUUGUAAAGGAUGUCAAAAGCACCUUGAGUGGAGGCAGACAGAGGACAUUUGAGAAUCCAGUGAGUCUUUCUCCUGAAUUUAAAUGGGGCAGCUGGGAUUUCUCUGAAAAGACCAGAAUUCUGCACAACAUUCUGAAGAACUUCAAAGAGACUCUGGUGUCAGAAUGGAGGCUGGACAAAGAAAAUGUGACGCUGGAUCCAGACACGGGAAAUCCCUGGCUCAUCAUGUCUGAGGAUCAGAAAAGCAUGAGAUGGCAGAAUCCAUACAACAAUUUCAGAGUAGAAGAUGUAUCGUUUCUCCCUGCCCUGGGCUGUGAGGCAUUCACCUCGGGCAGACAUUACUGGGAGGUGGAGUUGAAGGGGGAGGGGAACAUGCGUCUAGGGGUCGCCAGAGAGUCCGUGAAGAGAAUGGGAAAGGUCAGCUGGAAGCCCAAAGCGGGGGUCUGGGCUAUAGAGCAGUUGGGGCCCUAUUACCAAGCCUUCACCUCCCCUAUUACCAACUUGUCCCUGAGUCGGAGCCCCAGAAAGAUCGGGGUCUAUCUGGACUAUGAAGGAGGGCAGGUGACAUUUUAUGAUGCUGAUACCAAGGCCCUGAUCUUUGCGUUCCCACCAGCCUCUUUCACUGGGCAAAGAAUUCGUCCUGUCUUCUUUCUUUUUGGUGUAAACUCCCAGCUCAGACUGUGUCCCUGAGAUGUCCAGAGUUUGGGGGAGGAUAUCAGAAUACCCCAUCAGCACCUAUGAAACGAGCUUCUCUAAUCUCUGCCCUUUCUGAUCCUGAACGAUUCCCAUGUUCCUGUGGAGACAUCAAAACUGCAGACAGGCCAGGAAAGUCCCUGCCAGUGUAACCCACUGAUCAGUACAUGUCACAUGCCCCCCUCUUGGUCAGAGCUGCAGAGGAUGUGACUCUGUUACAGUAGCUGGCUGUAGAGGCUGGCUGCUUAGCUCAUGCUGCAGUGACUCAGGUAUCUGGGUUUAGAGAGUCCUGGUUCAAUGCCCAGUGUGCUGACCAAGAUGGUGGUUAUUAUACCGAUAUUGCAGCAGGCCUCUCCUGUCUGUCUCUGGUAUUCAGUGGGACCAUGGCAGACUGCCAGAGAGUGAGGGGGAAGCUGCUUACAUAGCUGUAGGGGGAAUCCCCAGGGCUCAGGCCCCUCAUCCAGAGGCCUGUCUUGUUCCAGGGAAGAAACCAGCUCUCACUUUCCCCAAUAAUUGUUGAAUCCAUUGUAACAGUGACAUGGGCCCAGGUCCUCAAAGGUACGUAGGUGCUUACCUACUAUUCUAUUGCAGUGGGAGGUGCCUAAAUACCUUUGAGGAUCUGGGGCCUAAUGCUUCAUCUCUGAUUCUGGAGACUAAAAUACUCUGCUGCACAAAUAGAUCAAAAUCAGCCCCCAGAAUUGGGGCUGGAAUUAUUUUAGCUCCCAUUAGGCAUCUAAAUGAGGCCAGAUUUUCAAAAGAGUUUAGCCAGAAGUUUCCACCUCCCAGCAGGUCUCAUUGAGAACUAACUGGCUGCUUCAUUGGGUGCUAAAUGGGAGAAGAGCUGUUUGGAAAAGCCAGCUCCAGUUGUGGUGGCUGAGGCCUGUAAAAUCUGGUCCGCUGUGACUUGUAUCUAGAGCUGGAUGAAACAUGUCAAAAGAGAAUGGUCAGGCCUCCCUGCUGCCAUGCUGGUGUCCAGCCUGUUCCAGGGGACACAGUGCAGACUGCUCUCAUGCAGACCUUACCGUUCUGCCUUCUUGUUUCACUGGGGUCUCAAAUAAAGUCAAUUUGACUGAAAAUACAGGGUUGCUUCUUACGUAUGGAAAAAUCUAAAACCCACAAGGAGGGAUUUGUAAAACAACACUGAAGACUCAAAGAAAAUCUAGAGCUUUUCCUGUUGUGACUGUCUGGUUCAGAGCCCUGGAGCAGGGCUGCUCACCGGCCUAGGAGGUGCCUAGCAAUGGGAGCGACUGGGAUUCUUCUUCCAAGGUUCUCACAAACUGGGAGGGUGAGGGAGACAACGCAGCUUACAUGAUGAUCUGUUCAGCAGAAAUGGAUGCAAGAACUUCCAUCCUGCUAUGAACCAGGCUGAGAUCCCAGCACAUUCCACAGGGGCUCCUGAGUAGCUGCCACAUGGACUUUCAGCUGUUCCCCACAUAGGUUACUAACCUGAAACAGAUAAAAUGAAGUUUGUGGGGCUGUUAGGAAUUGCAUGGGGCUUGUUGUACAUUGACAAUUACAACACUGCUUCCUAAUACACCUAUUUGGCUGUUCCAUCUGUACUUUUCUAAUUAUUGCACUGUGUUUGUCACUGAGCCCAUGAGUUCCAUUGCUCUGUGCAAUAAUGAGUAGUGCUUAGCAUUCUAUUUCAUGUUAUGAAAUAACAAAGACAACAUUAUUCUCUCAGACAUAGACUUUUAUUGUGUAUCAAAACCAGUGCAUAGAAGCUAUGUGCAAUUACAGAACAAAUGCAAUAAAAAACUUCUGAAAUAAAUUAAAGGAGAAGAAUUAAACAAGGGGAAAGACCAUUCAUGGCUAUUUUAACUAACCAUACAGCAACCUUGGUUCCCACAUGUCAGUGUAUGUGACAUUGUGGUUGUCUUUACUGUCCCGUGGAGUGGAGUGGAGUGGAGUGGGAGGGGGAGGGGUGCAGCCCCAGAUGCUAUGUGCAAUAUUGGAUGGAGGAUAUAAGAGGUGCCAAAAUGGAAUUUUUCAUGGAUUACAAAGGGAGGUGAGCCAGGGCUCAUUGAAAUUGUAGGUCUACAAGAAUCUGCAGCUUCUGUUUUUGCUGCCAGAACAGCUCCAUUAUGUCCUGAUUCAUCUCCCUCUGCUUUUCCUGCUGGAACUCCUGGGCAUUUCUCCUAGCUGCUCUUUCCUUCACUAUACAGUCUGCAGUAGUCACCUUUCUAGGCCCUCUGCUCAGAGUCUGAUGCAGCACUGGCUUGCAGGAUCUCUCUAAAGGAGUCAUCCUGAGUCCCCUUCCUUCUCCUCUUAACUGGCUCAGGCAUUUCAUGGGUGUGAAGGGGGAACCCCACAAGGCUGCAUCAGCAACAGCUACUAAUAAAACACAGAGGUAUCUUUGUCAGUAUCAUCACAACACAGAGUGAAAGUUAAGGAUCUAAACUCCUGUCCCUGGCUCCCCUCAGUUUUAAAGAAACCAUGUGUAUUGAUACUUCAGCUGCAGAACACUUAUGCACAGCACAACUCACCAGUCCCAGUGAGUCUUGCUAACCGGGGGCGGGGAGGAGACAGGUAGGGCAUGAGGAGGGAAUUGUUCAGUUGUAUGAGACUAUGAGUAUAGGGCACUGGCACUGAAUCCUGGCACCGUUUUCCACAGGGAUGUGUGAUUUUAGCUUAUAUCUUUUUCCUGAGUUUAACAAAGGGACAGAGAACACAGUGGCUGCUGAUGUCUUGAAACCAUGUGGGCCCGCAUGCUGCUAGCCUGUGCACUGCAGUGGUGCCUGCCAAGGUAUCACUGACUGGAGUGGGAAAGUGUCCUACUGUAAGGUCUGAGGCCUUUUUCUGCAGCCAUAUUAGGAGAACAGCACCCAUGAGUGAAGAAGCAGAAAGUUACAUCCUGACAUUCCAUCUAGAUUACAUUAAGAUAAUGUAAUAUUGGGCUGUUAAGAAGUUGAUCCUGCCCUAAUAGUACCCACCAUCACCAGAUAAAGAAACAGAUCUUAAGAUGUUUAAAGAAAACUUAGUUUGAUGACAUUCUGUCUGGCAGGAAACCACUUAUCAACAGUUGUGAGUGAAAUAUCUACUUUCUUGCUUUGCUUUUAUGGUUCCUACUGCUCUGUUGUUUAUCUGUAUGGUUUCUGUCUGGUUCUUUGAUUGUUUCUGUCUGUUACAUACCGGUAACUAAUUUUGCAAGGUUUAAAUCAACUAAGGUAGUGGGGUAUGAUUGGGUAAAGAAUUGUUUCUCGAUAUGUUAGGAUUGGUCAAAGGUAUAGCUAAGUAAGACUCAACUUUCACUAUAUAAACUUGGGUCCAAAAGGAAGUUUUUUGGAACCAACUCCAGGACACAGCCCCAAGAUCAGAGCUGCCAGAACUCAACACGUUGCCAAUCACACCGUGCAGAAGCUAGAGUCCCCAGAUGACCCGAUCCUGACUGGCCAGAAGGAAAAGUUUGUCUGCCUUAUUAGGAGUGGUGAGCAUUGUAUGCCUAAUGUGGGCAUUCUGUUUUGGUAAUUGUUAAU